AAGGUGGGGAAACGUGGACUGAGCGCGCUUCGGCCGAUGGUAGCGUCUGCCCCGUGUUCCGUACGCAGUUUCGGCAAUUCGGUGGACAAUACCGGGCAGACGCGUUGGGCCGAGAUACGCGAGGAGAGAUUCGACCGGAUCGAAUCGUGUUCACCGUCCGGGAAGAGCUGUCAGUCGAGGAGAGAGAGAAAGAGUUUGUAUCACAAUCCGCCGCUUUUGGAUCCACGCGUGUGCCUCUGUGUGUGUGCCCCGUUUGUAUGUGGCGAAGGGCGCACUUACACACCGCGACCGUAUAUCCAUCCUUUUCUUUACUCGCCCACCUCGUCCAACACGUUUCCGCUGAAAGAUGUUGAGCCUGGUUUGCCGUCAGGCGUUGCUGGCGAAUACCCAAAAAGUUGGCGCCAGAUGCUUGGGGUCGGUGGUGCCGGUGCCGAGUCCACCUGACUUUCCGCUGGAAAAUGAGCCCAUUCUCAGCUACAAGAAGGGCAGUCCGGAGAGAGCCGAAUUGGAGAAGACCCUGGACAAGAUGGCGAGCGAGUGCGAGGAGGUGCCGCUGGUCAUCGGGAACGAGGAGAUCAAGACCGAUCUGUGCAGGUUUCAAGUCAUGCCGCACAAUCACAAGGAGAAGGUCGCCAAGUAUUACUGGGCGACGCCGGAACUCGUGAAGAAGGCGAUCGACGUAGCGGUGAAGACGCAACGCGAAUGGGAGAAGCAACCAAUCGAGAAGCGACUUGAAUUGUGGCUGAGGAUAGCGGAUCUGAUGGCGACCAAGUAUCGGCAACAGUUGAACGCCGCCACCAUGCUCGGUCAGAGCAAGACCGUGAUCCAGGCGGAGAUUGACAGCGCGGCCGAGCUGAUCGACUUCUUCAAGAUGCACGCGUACUUCGUCAAGGACAGCCUCAAGUACCAACCGAUCUCGCCUGAUCAGCAGACCCUCAACUCGAUGAGGUAUCGCGGCAUGGACGGCUUCGUAGCGGCGGUUUCGCCCUUCAACUUCACCGCCAUCGGUGGCAAUCUUAGCUACACGCCGGCGCUGAUGGGUAACGCCGUGCUCUGGAAACCGUCUGACACCGCGUUAUUGUCUAACUGGUGGAUCUUCAAGAUAUGCAGGGAAGCGGGUGUGCCGCCCGGCGUGGUGAAUUUCGUUCCCUGCGAUGGGCCGGUGUUCGGCGACACCAUCACGUCGUCGCCCCAUCUCUCCGGGCUCAACUUCACCGGUUCGGUGCCGACGUUCAAUCGCCUGUGGGCGCAGGUCGGUCAGAAUCUUCACAGAUACAGGAACUAUCCGAAAUUAAUCGGCGAGUGCGGCGGCAAGAAUUACCACUUCGUUCACAAGAGCGCGGACGCGGAGACGGUUGUUUACGCGACGAUAAAGAGCGCGUUCGAGUUCAACGGGCAGAAGUGCUCCGCUUGCAGCAGAAUGUACGUGCCGGAGUCUUUGUGGGGCAAGAUAAAGGACGGCCUCUUAGAUCUCCGCCAAAAACUCAAAGUUGGCGACGUUCGAGAUUUUACCGUGUUCACCGGCGCCGUUAUAGACGCCACGGCGUUCAAACGGAUUUCCGGUUACAUCGAUUACGCGAGGAAGUCGUCCAAGAUGGAAAUUCUCGGCGGCGGACAUUGUGACGAUUCUUGCGGAUACUUCAUCGAACCGACAAUAGUUCAAACCAAAGAUCCGAAAGAGAAACUUAUGACGGAAGAGAUAUUCGGUCCGGUACUGACAAUAUACGUCUACAAGGACUCUGAUCUGGAUCAGACGGUGAAACUGGUAGAGACGUCUACGCCGUACGCUUUGACAGGCGCGAUAUUCGCGCAGGACGAGCAAUGGGCGAGAAAGGCGCUUGAGGACUUCAAAUACACCGCCGGCAAUUUUUACGUGAACGACAAAAGUACCGGAUCGGUGGUGGGCCAACAACCGUUCGGUGGCAGCCGAAUGUCCGGCACAAAUGACAAAGCCGGCGGACCUCAUUACGCUCUGCGCUGGUCAUCCCCGCAAUCGAUCAAGGAAAACUUUGCCCCUCUGCGGGAAUACGACUAUCCAUACAUGAGACUCGGAUUCGCGGAAUUCCGCGUCGCAGAUCCCGAUUCGGAUAAACAUCGUCGCCCGCGCCCAAGUUUCGAUCGUUGCGGAGAACUCGCGGUUUGCGUCCGUUAUCGCUUGGCUUAUCGCGUCUCUCCCGUGAUUUCCGCCGUGAUUCUCGCGGUCACGAUGUUCAAGAAAUUCAAGGACAAACUCGCGGAAGAGAUGAAACAGUCUCCCGCCAGGUUACAGGCGAGCGUGCAGCAACUGGCGCAGGCCGUGGUGUCGCCCGCCUUGUCCAACAGCUCCAUUCAGGAAGUGUCAACGUCCAAUGACAAUUUCAGUUUGACAGAAGAUGGAGACGAAACGCCAAAGAACACUCCAAAGCACAGUUUCCAGAAUGUCGAUCUGAUGUCACCGUCGCCUAAUCCCCUGGAGAUCUCGAGACGAUCCUCAGUGAGCAGCGUAACGAGCGAUGCGUCAUCGCUAUUUCCAAUGUACGAAAGUCCUCCCAAUCUGUAUCACUUACAGUCGGACAUGGAUCAGUCAGCCAGCGAGGUGGACGACAACAUCAGUCCCCAUCUCGACAGAGUUACGAAGGAUCAACUGUAUUCCGCUUAUCGAAAAGUCCAGGCGAAAUAUCACAAGUAUCGCGGCAGAUACACCGACCUGGCCGCCCAUUAUCGCGAACUUGACAGAGUAAAGGGCAGAUUGGAGUCGGUUCUGGUCGAAACGCAAGACAAAGUACUGAGGAGAAUAACCGAUCUGAAAGAGCAAUGUCAGUUGGAGCAGCAGGCGAAAGCGCACUUGGAGGAGGCUCUGAGAAACGACAUAGAGGAAAAAGAUCACAUCAUCAACACGUUGAACACAAAAGUGAGAUUGUUGCAAGCGAGCGGACCGACGUUGGAUAAUUCGGAGGACGUCGAACAGAGAGAAAAUUCCAAAGUUAAUCUGAUCGAUCUGAGCAACGAAUCGUCGCCCAACGACGACGCGCUGUCCGCGGAGAACGCUCAGCUUAAGGACAAGUUAAAAAAAUUGGAAAGCCUCAUUUUGAAGUACAAAGAAUCGUUGAAGCGAAACAAGGACAAGUUCACGGAGGUGAUGAAGGAGAAGAACAGUCUUGAGAGCGAUUACGAGACCCUGAAAACUUCCAGCGCCGAGAUAAUGAGCGCGAUGGAGGACGAGCUGAGCGCGGCCCGUGCCACGAUCGACAAACUAACGGAACAAGUGGACAUUCUGCACAAACGCGAAGAGGAAGCCGCGAUUUCGUUAGCCGAGAACAAGCUCUCGGUGCACCGAGAGCUCGAGGAGAAGGAGGAACAGAUCAAGCAGCUUCGAAUCGAUCUGAAGCACGUGACGGAGGAUAAGGAGAAGUUGAACGAGACGGUGGCGAAUUGCAAGAACGAGUUGACGAAACUGAGAUCAUCGCACGCCGAAACGAGAGACGUAGACAGAAGUGCGACAGCGAACGACGCGUCUAAGGAAAAGGUCGACGCGGCAAAGUCUGCGCAGCAGAUGGAAGCAAAGGGAAAGGUUGAAGUAGAUCGCGGCAAAGACGCGGAAAAAGACCAACUCGAAUCGACGCAUCGUUCAAAGGAAAUCGAGAUUGAAGAAUUGCAGCUUAGAUGCGACGAGUUGGCGUCGCAAAAUGUGGAAUACAAACGCGAGAAGGAAAACCUGAACGCUGAAUUGACGGCCUGCAAGAUCACGUACUCGGAACUGAAAAGCGAAUACGACGCGCAGAGAAUCGUGGCCGAGGAAAAACGCAAAGAAGCGGAGUCGAGGGUGGAAAAGCUUCAGGCUACGGUGCAGAGCGUUGACAAGGAAUUGGAGAACAUGAGAAACGCCCUGAUCGAUCGGGACCAAGUGUGCGAGAAUUACAGCAAGAAAGUGCAGCAGUACACGGGCAUGCUCGAGAAGGCCAAGCAGAAGUUGACCGAACAGGAGGCGCAGAUCAAGUCCCUUCAGGACAAACUGGACGACAACGCGGAGCUUAUCGAACUGCAAGAAGAACUGGAGAACAAAAACGCGCAACUGAACGCGGUGCAAAACGAGCUCGAACUUUGCAGAUCCACAAUCGACGAUCUAAAUAACAAGGUUCAGGCGGACAGUUCGGCUAUAAGUUUGCUGAAGAAAGAGAGAAUCGACUUGAUAAAUCGCAUCAUUUAUUACAACGAUUGCGUGCGGCGUUUGAAGCAGGACUGCGUGGACGUCAGAAGCGUCGUGAGGGAAGAGUUAUCCGAUCGAAAGACCGGAAUAUCGGCUCUGCACGCGACUCUGACCGCUUAUCUCGCGAGACUCGAAGAGGAAAACGCGACACUCAGGUCCGAGGUGGACAAAUUGCGUCUGCAAGCGAGGAACGCGGAAGAAUUCACGUCCAUGGAAGCGGAACUGCGGUCGGAACUGACUGAGAUUGCAAGUGCAAAAGCCGCGCUGGAAGCGGAAUUGAAGACGACGAACGAGCAGUUAAACGAGAUGAGACUGAAGAGCGACCGGUGCGACGAGCUCGGUACGAUGAACAACAAAUUGAUUGCCGAGAUUGACAAUCUCACCUUCAAACUUCACGACGCGGAAAAAGUCUCCCGUCAGUUGACGCAAGCGACCGAGAUCGGUCAGGAGCGUCUGAAAGCGUUGGACAAUCUCGAAUCCGCAAAUCGCGCGCUGUUUGCCGAAAACAACGAGUUGAGGGAAAAGUGCGCGCGAGCGAGUCGCGCGUUCGAGGAAGCGGACGAGUUGAGCGUGAAACUGCGCGAGGCGACCGACCUCGUCGACUCGCUCAGGUCGGAGGAGAGCGAGAGUCAGCGCGCGCUUCAAGAGGAACUGAACGCCACGAGAGCGGAGAUCGCUCGUCUGCGGGAGGAUCUGGCCGAGAGGGAGCGCGAGGUAAAGACGCGCGACGAGAAACUAGCGAGCGACGAGGAACACAUCGCCCAUCUGAAGUCCACGUGCGACAGCCACAUACAAGCGAUCGAGGAACACGUGAGGAAGUAUCUGAAUCUGGAGCGGGAAUAUCAGACGACCAGGGAGACUCACGCGAAGGAAACCGGCGAGUUGAUGGAGAACAACAAAGUGCUGCAAGAGACGUUGAACGUCAAAAUUGUGCAGCUGAAGAAGAUGAAAGCUCUGAAAGAUCAGCAGGUCAAAACCAUCGAGGAGACCACUGCCGAGCUCAACGAACUGAAGACCAAGCGCGCGGAACUGUCCGACGCGUUGAAAACGUCCGGGGAGCAGGUGGAAUCGUUGAAGUUGGAAAAUUCUCAGAUCACUUCGGAGAACAAGAAUCUGAAGGAGAAACUCAACGAUCUCUUGAGCCGCAAUCGAGAGCUGUGCGAAAACGAAGAGGUUUUGAGGCGAAAAAUCACGGAUUGCGAGAAGAACGUCGAGGAGUUGCGCGAAACGAUGAAGAGCUGCGAGGAAUCGUACGCGUCUCGGUUGAACGGUCGGAACGAGGAAUUGGCGACCGUCAACGCGCAACUCGAAAGUAAGAACUCGGAGUUGAGUUCGUUGAACGCGAAACUGACGACGAACGAGAACGAAUUGCGAGAAAUCAAAGAGAGACUUGGCGAACGGGACGCCGAGUUAAACGCGGCCGUGACAAACGGCAACGCGAUUAAACAGAAGAACAAACAACUCGCCGCGGAACUCAAGUCGCUGAACGAGGAAGUCAAACGAGUCAAGGAAUUGGAAAAUGAAAAUACGGAAUUGCGAUCGAAGAUAAGCGAUUUAAUUCAAAAGAAUUCAGACGCGGAAACGAUGCGUUCGGAUAACGACAGAUUGAUUGCCGAACAAAUCGCUUUGAUUAACAAAAUCGCGGAAUUGGAAAGCGCGAGUUCCGGCAACGCGGAACUGCAAGCUCGGGCAAACAACUUGCAAUCCAAAGUGUCUAGCUUGGAAGCGGAAAACGAGAGAUUGCGAUCGAGCAUCGACGUUCUGCAAUCCGCCGAGACCUCGUCGACGGAGCUGAGCGCGUUGAAGCAUUUGUUGUCGGAAAAGGACGCGGAAAUAAAAUUGUUGGAGGACAAAAAUUCGAACAUGUCACAGGAAAUCGGAAACUUGAGACACUUCUCGCUGGAAGUCGACGAACGAAAGAAGGAACUGAACGCAUUGAGAAGUUCGUUCGCUUUGUCGGAGGAGAAACUAGCCGGAUUGCAUUCGGAAAUUGACUCCCUGACUCGAAAGAACGACGAGCUGCGCAAAGAACUCGAGAGCGUGCGCGACGACGAGACCGCAAAAAAAUUGGACAACGACAAGCUGCGCGAGGAGAACAAGAGAUUGGAGGGUCAGCUUGACGAGGCGUUGAUUACGUUCCAGGCGAAGGAGACGCAGAUGCAGCUGGUUACCAACGAACUGAGAACGCAAACCGGACAAUUGAAGGAACAGCUGAAGACGAACGAGGAGGAGCAAGGUAUGAGGCUGAAGCAAUUGGUCAAGGAGUUCCAAGCUCAGUUGCACGACAAGGAGGAGGAGCUUCAAGCAGCCCUGGAGAAACGUUUUGAUCGCCAACACAAUUACGAGUCGAAUCUCGUGCAACAGUACAAGGAACAACUGAAGGAUUGUCAAACAGAACUGUCGGAGAAAUCCGAACAGCUCGAGAGUCUUGUACUGGAGAAGAAGGACGCGAUGGCGGAGAAAGGGAAGGACAUCGAUCGGCUGGUGGACACCAUCGCUCAAAUAAAAAGCGAACACGCUAACGAGAUAAAGGAAAUGGAAAAGAAAUGGAAAUCCAUAGUUCAACAGAAAAUUGACAACCUGCAAGCAAAACACGACGAGGAAUUGAACGAGCUGACGAAGGAGUGGCAGAACGAAAGGAAGUCUGGUGCUCAUCUCGAAGCGGUGCCUUCAGAGGAAUUGGAGAGCACUUCGCGCGUGGCGAUGGCCGCGAUACAGACGAGCACCGGUUCGAUUCACACUCUGCAACAAACGCUCACGUCCCAGAGACGAGAGCUCGCGGAACUCAGAAAACUGGUGAAACUGCGGCACGACACGCUGGAAGAUUCGACCGAGAUCGAGUACCUCAGAAACAUUCUUUUCGAAUACAUGAUGGGACGGGAAACCAUGGUGCUCGCCCGGGUGAUCGCCGCUGUCGUCAAGUUCGAUCAGGAGCAAACGGCGAAAAUACUUAAGAAGGAGGAGGACAAGCUGACCCUGCUCGGCUCGCUAGGUCUCUCGUAGUCCGAAGUGUACAUCCUGUCUGUUUAGAGGUGCACAAACUCUCUAAGGCAAUUAUCGUUAUAAACGUAGCAUCCUUAGUUUUAUAAAUAAUUAUGUAAAAAAAAAAAACAAAAACAAAAACAAAAACUGUACAAAGUAGCAAUAUAAC